UCAGGGCUUUGCAGGGGUCUUUGGGUGUUGUCCGCAUGGGGUGACAUUUCUGGAAGCUGCUGUUGCUGCUGAGGAUCUUUGUACCUGCUGUGCCAGCACCACCUUGCUACUGCACGCUUUUGUCCCCUGGGUGAGCUUAAGGUGCUUCCCCUGCCAGUGCUCUCCCUGUGCUCUCCCUCCACAGCCUCAGCAGAACACUCAAAAAAAUUAGUUAAAUUGCUUUCCCCAGUGGGAGGAACUGGGAGAAGCAUGGUGUAGCCUUAGCAUGUGGUAGGAGCAGGAGGAUGAUGCCCUGCGAGCUGGGUGCAGGCGCUCUGCAGGAAGGGACGAAGUUUUGAGGUGCUGCAGCACUUCCCAAACCCUGGGCCUCAGCCAGGCUACAGGGGAUCCAGAGGGAUUUCUCCUGUUCUCAGUGGGAUCUCCACUGUGUCCCGAGUGCAAAGCUUUGCUUUUUCAACCAGUGAAAUACCCUCUUUGGUCUGUGGUACAGGAUCAUCCUCCUCUUCCUUCUCCAGCUCAAUGAUUUACCCCUGUGGGGGCAAUUGGGGACGAGGCAGGUCCCUGCUCCUGUCCUGGGUGCAUUGAGCACCCAUCCUUGCUCUUUUGUCCUCGCAGCCCCUUUCUGCCACCAGACGAGCCUAAAGUGCAGCCAGACAAGCGCCAGAGAUGACCAAGGAAGAAGACCUACCAGACUGGAACUCAUCCAAGGAGUUUUACGAAAAAUAUGAGCCGAAGGAGGUUUUGGGCAGGGGGGUGAGCAGCGUCGUCCGUCGGUGCAUUCACAAAACCACCCAGCAGGAGUAUGCAGUGAAGAUCAUCGACAUCACGGCAGGUAACAUAUCCCCCAAGGAGGUGCAGGAACUGCGAGAAGCCACCACUAAAGAGAUCGACAUUCUCCGGAAAGUCUCAGGCCACCCCAACAUCAUCCAGCUGAAGGACAGCUAUGAAUCCAGCACCUUCUUCUUCCUGGUGUUUGACCUGAUGAAGAGAGGGGAGCUCUUCGACUACCUCACUGAGAAAGUCACCUUGAGCGAGAAGGAAACCAGGAAGAUCAUGCGCGCGCUGCUGGAAGUGAUCCAGUACCUCCACUCCAUCAACAUCGUCCACCGGGACCUGAAGCCAGAGAACAUCCUCCUGGAUGACAACAUGAACAUUAAGCUGACAGACUUCGGCUUCUCCUGCCAGUUGCACGAGAAUGAGAAGCUCAAAGAGAUCUGCGGCACACCUGGCUACCUGGCCCCCGAGAUCCUGCAGUGCUCCAUGGACGAUGAGCACCAAGGCUACGGGAAGGAGGUUGAUAUGUGGAGCACCGGGGUGAUCAUGUACACCUUGCUGGCCGGCUCGCCUCCCUUCUGGCACCGCAAGCAGAUGCUGAUGCUGCGGAUGAUCAUGAACGGGGACUACCAGUUCAGCUCCCCGGAGUGGGAUGACUGCUCCGACACCGUCAAGGACCUGAUCUCCCGGUUCCUGGUGGUGGACCCGCAGCAGCGGUACACGGCCGGCGAGGCGCUGGCCCACCCCUUCUUCCAGCAGUACGACGUAGAGGAGGUCCGGCACUUCAGCCCCUUCCGGAAAUUCAAGGUGAUCUGCCUGACUGUCCUGGCCUCAGUCCGUAUUUACUACCAGUACCGGCUGGUCAAGUCAGUCACCAGGGAGCUGGUGGUGCGGGACCCAUAUGCCCUGAAGCCCAUCCGCAAGCUGAUCGACGCCUGCGCCUUCAGGACCUACCGGCACUGGGUGAAGAAGGGGGAGGCACAGAACAGAGCUGCCCUCUUCGAGAACACCUGCAAGGCCAUUUUACUGACCCUGGCAGCCGAGGAAGGGCUGUUUUGAUUGCCGCUGGGUAAAACGAUGAGCUUGCUCAGAAUUAAGCAGGGGCUGGUUUGAUGCAUUGAAGAGCACAGGUGCACAUCAGCCAACUUCAGUAACAACCAUCAGUGGUUUUUGCUGGGCCCAGUUAUUCUGUCAAGAUGCUGAUGUCACAUCAUAUCUGAAAGUCUGCCCCAACUGCUGGAUUUUAUAAUUAGCGUUAAUUUAGGAAGCAGAUGCCAUCCCCAAAACCAGGGUGGGGAUGUUCACUCCAUACCAUAGUUGUUCUGAGGAGGGAACGCUGCCACCGGCGAGACGCCGUGAUAACCAUCUUCAGCUGUGUCAACCCUUGGGAAAUCGCCCUGUGGGAAGAAAGGUCCCUCCGAGCAAAGACCCACCGUGGAGACAACACAAAGUCCUGCUCUUCACAGGAUCGUGUUACACUUGAAUAAUGGAAAUAACUCCCUCUUGUAAAUUUAACUUUACACAGAAUUUCUGGCCGCGAGAGGAGAUCAACCAUCUAAAGUUCUCCCAAGACAACCUCCUUUUCAGACAAACAUGUAUGGCUUUUUGGAAGCACUGAAAUCCCACUUUCCCAGGGAAGCUGGGCUGAGUCUGCUCCCUCUAAGGAUAUUUUGGAUAACCCACCCGGAGCUGAAUGUCAUACCCUGCAGGUACAUCUGCACUGCUUCCCAGGACCACACAGCCUGCUCAGGCAACCACGCACACUCUGCAGCUGAGUCAAACACCACCCUCAGAGGAGCUCAGUGUAGAUGGGAUGAUUUUUAGGAUCUUACCUGCCACAGAUUUGUACGGUUCGGCUGAAACUUGUUUCCCCAGGGAUACACCCUUUCUGCCAAAGAGGAAGAGACACUUAUCACCCCUGUGUCAGUCCAGCCUCUGCAUUGGCCUAUUUUUAACCAAGCUUUUAUGAUCAUGCUUUUCUGCUCAGCUCAGGACACCAAGAGGUGUUAUAUGAACAGGACUAGUCAGUUUAAUCCCUGCAGACUGCCAAGAAGGCAAGGAGAGACAGGAAUCAGCAACAGCUUCCCAUUUACAAACCAUCACUUGUGCCAGGGAGUCCCAUGGUCCCCCCAGUGAUCCCAGCAACUGUUUUAUGCCACCAUCAAUGGGUGGGGGCAGGUGGGUCACUCCUUGCCCCAAACCCAAGAAAUGGUAUUUUUAGCUAGCAGAAGUGCUUUGUUGAGGAAGAUAUGUUGAGAGCAUAGAUAAGCCACUUCUUCCUGUGUUGUUAUUAUUAAUUUGACUCCUAGGUCAAAAAAGGUGGUUCAAGCUCCCCAGAUUAACCUCUGAAAAUAUCCCUGGAUGGAGGUUUAGAUCUGGUAGAAUUAACAUUACUCAGUGCCUUGGUUUGGCAAAAG